UGUCAAAAUGAUACUAGUUAGAAAUAGACACCAAAUAACAUCGGUCCAUUAAUGACAAUAAAAUAAAAUUAUCUGGAGAUAUAAUUACCUGGAGGGCCAGAUCCGGCCCCUGGGCCUUGACUUUGACACGUGCAUUAAAGUGUUCAAACAGGAAAUAUUUCUUUCAAUCAAAGGAAAAUAAUUGGACCUAGAAAAAGCUCUAAAGUGCAUUGAGAAGCCCUUGUUAUUACUCAUCUACUUCUGUGCUUUGCUGUACAGUCAAUUUGCUGCGUUAGCUCUGAUUAAAGCUAAUCUUUAUGGCCUCGUUCAUAUAUAUAUUUUUUUCGUCUUAACACAAAACACUUAACAAUUUAUAUAAUUACAGUAAAUCAAAGAACAUAAACACUGGAGCUCUAGUCUUUAAGGGUUAAAAUGGAAAUUACUGAUGUAACCGCAUGUGACCUUAAAUUUGAUAUUAUAUUUAGUGCUUUUAUUUUGAAGAUUUACAUUAAAUAUUUAAGUUACUUUUUAAAAAUUAAAGUAUUUCAUUGUUAUUAUUUUUUUGUCUAUGUUGUUUUCAGGUAGAUUUUCUCGACUUCAUGAUGGAAGGGGACACCUUGAGGGUCCCCUCUUCUAAUUAGGGCUUCGGGCCCCUAAAUAAUCUAGCAGCGGCUCUGCUCUUGUAAGACAAACCAAUCAUUUAAAUCAAACUAAAACAGUCUUUGCAUUCUUUCCACAGCUACCAUAACACCAACAUUUAAAACAACAUUGUUUCCAUUGUGUGUUUGUUGCAUUAAACUAAUCCCAUUUUUGACUCCUUUCCUAGUGGCGGACAUGAAGUCAGGUGUGACUACCCAAAGCUUCGUGUCACUUUUCCUGUCCCACCGCUCUCUCCUCUCUUUGUUUCCUCUCCUUUAAUCCCGCCCUCUCACCGCAGGUAUGUAGGUGUGGGCCUGUGGAGCCGCUUGGGUGUGAGUACCCCACACCCACGGCAGGCAUGAGACGGGGCAGCAUGCUCGGCCUUCCUGCUGACAUGGAAAGAAGUCAUUCCUUGAAACCACAACCAGAGUGCUUUCCUCUCCAAACACUCACUCUGCUUUUCCCAGUGUUUUAUCAGAACCUGCGCGUGGCUGCAGGUGAACUUUGGAUCCCUCCUAUAAGUCCUUGACUCUUGUGUCAUUUCACAGGGUGUGUGUCUGAUAAGUACAGCGUGAUGGCCACGUUCCAUCUGGGAAGCAGUGAUUGAAAAUAAUCACAACAAAAUCAUUUCUGCCAGAAAGCGACUUUAAUUCCAUUUUCAGAAAAACAUAAGCUCAUAAAAAAAUAAAAGUUUAUGAGCGAUUUUCAGAAUAAGAGCUGAAAAAAGUGGAGGAGGACAGCAGGUGGAGGAGGAGGAGGGGCUUUAAAUCACGACACACCUCCUGCUCUAAAAGCAGACAGGUGGACGCUUCCCCAGUGAGGGGCGACGUUUGGAAGGAGAGGACGACAAAGAUUACACAAACAGAUCUCAGGAUGUCCAAGAAAAAGGAGCUCAGCUCGGCCAAGAUAAGCAGGAGUCAGGCCACCGAUCUGGCCGCUGUGAUUGCUCGCAUGCAGAAAAAUGCAGACCAGGUGGAGAAGAACGUCUUGCGAGUAGAGGAACUUCUGGCUGUGGACACAGAGCGCCAGCUGAAGGGUCGGCUGUUAUUCCACCAAAAGGAGAAUGCAGACAACCUGGCGCAGGCCGAAGACCUGCUGAAAAACCUCUUCCUCGAUGUGGACAAAGCCAAGAAGCUGAAGCACCCUCAGUCUAAUGAGAUAGAAAGAGAUGUGAAAAACCUCCACGACCGCUGGGUGAAGGACUGCACCGCCUACAGGGAUCUGUACGACCCGGUUCAGGACCUGGAGCUGACGCCAAAGAUCGACUGGGAGCUUCUGUUUCAGGAGAAGCUGAGUCAGUUACAGUCAGACUACGGCCCCAAAGUGUCCGAUGUGGAGAAGCAGAUUGCAGAACACAACAUCCUUCACAAGGAGCUGGAGGCCUACGGCGACCAGCUCCAGCCCAGCAGCAUCCCCUCCAAGGAGAAUUACUCCAGCCUCAAGGACAAACACUCUAAACUACUUGAAAGCUCAAAGCUCCGGCAGACACACCUGGCCUCUCUGUACGAAUACCUACAGGGGUGCACCAAGGAGCUGGUCUACUUAUCCAGCCAGCAGGAGAAGAUCCUGCAUCGGGACUAUAGCGACCGCAUGGUGGACCCCGCAGGCGUGAGCACAGAGUACGAGAAACUAAAAUCCAACAGCCUGCUCACACACGAGGGUGAAGUCAACCGCCUGCAGGACGAUGGAGACAGGCUGAUGGAUGCGGGACACCCCGGGGGCGUGGCCAUCCAGGUUCAUAAGGACACGGUGCAGGCGGAGUGGCAGGCCUUCCUCAACCUCUGCUUGACCCAAGAAACCCACCUGGACAACAUCAACUUCUACAAACAGUUCCAGCUGGAUGCAGAGACGCUGUCCCAUUCUCUGGAGAGACUCAGCUCCACUCUGGACCCUAAGUCUCUGAGGAACAAGAGCAACUCUGAGAUCCUGCUGGCCCUGGAGGGGGAGGAGCCGUCUUUGAGGAGGAACGAGCAGCGCCUGGUUUCUCUGAAGGAGCGCAGCAGCAGCGUCCCUCCUCUGAAGUUACGCAGAGUCCAGCCCCGGAAGCCCACGCCCGUGUUUUCCCUGUGUGACUGGACUGAUGAAGAGGAGGUGGUGAGACGUGGAGAACAUCUGACCCUCAAGUCCUUCUUUGAUGGAAACAACUGGGAGCUUCAGGACACAAGUGGAAAGAUCAAAACACUCCCCGGGGUGUGUUUUAUGAUCCCGCCCCCCGAUGCUGAGGCUCUGGAGACCAUCGACAGGCUGGACAAGAGGCUGGCAGACCUGAAGAGCCAAAGAGCCGCCCUGAUGGCCUCGCUGAGGAGUCCUGUAGUCGAGGUGGACCAUCCCCAAAAAACAGCUGUUCUACAAAGUUCCCCAGAAGAUCUCAAAGCUGCAGAGCUCCUCACAGAGCUGGAGCGGAUCAACAGAGCCCUGGACAAGUGCGAGGAGCAAAUCCUGAACAGACUGAGGGCGCCUCUGGAUAACCGCAGCCCCACUCAAGAUCUGGCAAAGAGGCAGCGGGAGCAUGAGAAAUCUGCUGCGACAGUCCGAGCGCUGGAGUCUGAGAAGUCCAGCAUCCAAAGACAGCUGGAUCCCAUCCUGGCUAAGAAGCCUCUGGGGCCCACAGCCUCCAUCCUGCCCCCCAAACUAAACUCCACCGACAACAAGAUCGAAAACAUUGAAACUCUCAUGAAUCUCUACAACAAAAAAGCGACAGCCUCCAUGUUCCUGGAAAAGCAAAUCCAACACGUGGAGGAUCUGCUUUCUGGGUUUGAGAAGAAGCUUGUUGAAGAUGGAACCAUUCUUAAUAAACCUUCUGCUCUGGAAGACCGGAAAAAGGAAAUUCAGGACAUGCAAACGGACGUUUUCUCAGCAAAGGAAGAGCUGGUAAAGCUGGGCAAAGACCUGGACCUGACAAAGAAAGCGUGCAGCUCCGUGCAGCAGACUGCUGGGGAGUACUGCCCCGACAUCCAGCGCCAAGAGAACACAGUCAAGCAGCUGAAGAACCGCUACGCAAACAUCAAAAAUCAGCUGCAGUACAGGUUAGCUCUCCUACAGCAAGCGAUCAACAAAAGUCGAGACUUCCAGAAUGCUGUGUCUUCUCUGGAUUACGCGCUCUUCAAUUUGCCGAACAACUCUGCGAAAAGUACCGAUGAUUUUGCUCAGAUCAAGGCCAAGGAGAAGUCCCAGCAGAAAGUGGUGGAAGACAUCGAGAAGAAGAAGAGAGAUUUAGCCCAAAUAAAAGACCUUUCCAAAGAUCUGCAGAGGCUCCUGAACGAAUACGACAUGAAGUCAGUGACUUACCACAGGAGUCUGAACGAUGAAGAUGACUCUGAGGAUGACCAAGACGAGGAUCCGGUCAUAACGAUGUCUCGAACUUUGGCUCAGAGAGUUCAGAGAACGGAGCGAGAGCUGCAGAACCUUUUCUCUGAGGUUUCUGCAGAAAACAAGGAGCGUCUCAUUCAGCUUCAGACGGCAAAGAACAUCAUGGCGAGGAAUGAAGAGAGCAUCAGUCAGGUUGUGGUCAGUCAGCAGCUGCAGCUUCAGAACCAGAUGGUGGACCAGCAAGAAUCCGAAAGUCUGAAAAGGGAGUUAGGUGAGGAGAUAAACAGACGCUUGUGUGCAGAGAGAGACCUGGAGACAUACCACAAGAGGUUUGUGUCUCUGAAGAGCAGGAGAGGGGUGGAGAGGCUGGAGGAGAAGGAGGUGGUCCAGUACUUCCGUGACCCCCAACUAGAGUCGGAACUCAGGUCUCUUAAAAACAAAAUCCAAGAUGAAGAUCUGAAGAGGUCCAAAAUCCAGACUGAGAUCCACGAGAUUAAUGAGAAGAUGAUCAAGACGGAGAUCCAGCUGACAAAAGUCGAGCCCAAACUGGUGACCAAAGUGCUCACCGAGUAUGAGAGAGACCCCAAGCUGGACAAAGAGGCUGCAAAGAUCAGAGACGAGAUGCAGCAAAUAAAGCAGGAGCUCAAAACCAGAGAGUCAGAGACAAUCCACGUGAAAACCGAGCUCACGCUUCUGACCGAGCAAAAGCCCAAAAUCCGAGAGAAGAUCAUGAAGAAAGAGGUGGUAAGACUGGAGAAAGACCCGGAAAUGCUGAAAGCCGUGCUCGUGCUCAAGAACCUCCUCGAGGAAGAAAAGCUGAAACGCGAAUCUCUCAAUAACGACAUCAUUCUGUUCUCCACCCGAAGUACCGAGCUGGAGAGGAUCAUCCCCACCAUCCAACCCAAGACUGUCACCAAAGUGGUCAAGCAAGUGCAGCAAGAUCCAGAAAUGCUGGAAGAGUCCAGGAAGCUAAAAAUGCUCCUGGAGGAGGAGAAGGAUGAGAACGUGAUCCUGAUGAAGGAUCUAACCACUUUAAAGCUGCAGUACGCAGAGCUGGAGAGGCUCAAGCCGAAAGUGGAGGUAAAGGAGAUCACCCACGAGAUUUACAGACUCGAUCCUGAAACUGAGGUGGAGCUUCUUCGCUUGAAGAAAGAGCUGCAGGAUUUGGGCCGAGGCCGCACCAACGUUGAGACAGAGAUAGACGAGGUGUUAGCCACUCUGGUCGUCUUACGCAAGCAGAAACCCAAAGUGGAGUACAAAGAGAUUACCCAAGAGGUGAUCAAGGAGGAGAAGAGCCCAGAAGUGGUCAGGGAGCUGCAACGUCUGAACAACCAAGCCACCCGUUUGAGAGUCAACUGUGACACCACCUUGGAGCUGCUAGCCCACCUACGCAAGGAACGAGAUGAGCUGAAGGCAGACAAAUCCAAAGUGGAGACGAAGCUCGUGACGAAAGAGCUCAUCAAAUACGAGGACGAUCCUCUUCUGCUAAAAGAGGCCGAUCGGCUCCGGAGGGAUGUGAGAGAGGAGAUCCAGCAGCGGCGCUUCCUGGAGGAGUGUCUGUUUGACCUUCAGAACCAGUACAUAUCCCUGGAAAGAGAGAAACCUGAAGAGAAGAUCAUCUCUAAGCCAGUGGUUCGUUAUCAAAAUGACCCCCAGCAGAUCCAGCAGCACGAAAGGUUAAACAGGAACCUGGACGAGGAAACAAAAGCCCGCCGGAAGCUUGAGCUGGAGGUCAGGAGGCUGCGAGGCCUUGUUCAGGACAAAGAGUCCUUGUCCAAGUCAGACGAUCGUCAGAGGAAGAUCCAGGUGGAGGCAGAGCUCAGGAACAUCAGAGCUCGCAUUCUCGAACUGGAAAACGCUCCCCCACCUGUGGAGGAGAAAAUCAUCAUCGAGGAGGUCCUGAAAGUGGAGAAGGACCCCAAAUUGGAAAAGCUCACGGCCGAUGUACGCACCAACCUGGAGACUGAGAACAUAAAGAUCUCUGACCUGGAGAGAGAACUCAGGAACCUGGAGGUGAGGCUGGAGCUGCUGCAAAAAGAGAAAUCCUUGGAAAAGGUUGUUUACAGAGAAGUAAUCCGUGUGGAGAAAGAUCCAUCAGUGGAAGCUGAGAGAGAUCGCCUCAGAGACCUUGUGUCCAAGGAAAGAAACCACAGACGAGACCAGGAAGAGAACGUUCAGAGGAUCACCAUGAAAAUCAACCAACUGAACACAUCCAAGCCCCUGACGUGCCAGGAGGAGGCGACUAUCAUCUCUCAAAAGGAGGCGCUGCAAAAGGAGAAGGAGGAUCUCCUCAAACAGCUGAAAGCGCUGGAGUCUCAGAGAAGCAGCAUUAACAUCACCUUCCAGCAACAGUCCAGGCUGCUGAGUGAGAGGAACCAACUGGCUCACCAAAAAAGCCUCAAAACCUCCUCUGAACUCCAGCGCCUAGAGAAACAGAUCCUGAACGAGAAGGACAAAAUUCACCAGAAAGAGACCCUCAUUGCCGAGCUGCUGAGCAGCAUCAAGAAAGAAGAGCAUUCAGAAACUCAAACCAGAGAGACCAACCUCUCAACCAAGAUCACCAUCCUGGACCCAGAAACCGGCAAAGACAUGUCUCCCUACGACGCUUACCUGCUGGGUCUGAUUGAACGAGACCAAUACCUGAAGCUGGCAGAGCUGGAGUGCGACUGGGAGGAGAUCACCUCCCACGGUCCAGAUGGGGACACCUCAAUUCUGCUGGAUCGGAAAAGCGGUAAGCAGUAUUCCAUCAUGGAGGCUCUGAAAGAUGGCCGCCUGACAGAGGCUGACUUGAAACGCUACAAGGAGAGAAAGAUGCCCAUUUCUGAGUUUGCCCUCCUUGUAGCUGGAGAGAAGCCUUCCGUCCCUCUGCCACAGGAGAGACCCCCCAAAACUAUUCCUACUACUCCAACCUCUCCCUUAAACUCCAUGCUACCUUCCCUGAGGUCCUCUCAGACCAACCUGAGCUCUCACCUCAACGGCAGCUUGAACGACCUCAGUGGCGGAGUCGUGGAGGAGCACUUCCCCAUCUCUGGGAUAUUUGACAUGACCACGGAAAACCGCAUGUCUGUGAGAAGCGCCAUGACACGCAAGCUCAUAGACGCCGAGACUGGCCUGAAGCUGCUAGAGGCACAGGCAGCCUCCGGCGGGAUUGUAGAUCUCAGAAAAAAGGACAAAAUGUCCGUGCACAAGGCGGUCCAGAACCACCUUAUUGACUCAAGCCAGAUGCACAAGCUCCUAAACGCCCAGAAGGCUUUCACUGGGGUUGAAGAUCCAGUUUCUAAAGUGCGUCUCUCAACAUCCCAGGCAGCACAGAAAGGGUACAUCCCCCCAGAAAAUGCCAAGAGGUACCUGGAGGCGCAGUACCUGACCGGCGGACUGGUCAACCCCUCUAAGCCGGGCCGCCUGACCAUCCAAGAGGCCCUCGCUACCAAAAUGAUUGACAGCAAAACAGCGGAGGAACUGCAAGAUGAAGCCUCCCACACAAAGGAGCUGGUGGACCCCAUCACCAAAGAGAAGAUCUCCUACAAGCAGGCGAUGGACCGGUGUAAGACAGACCACAACACCGGACUCCUGCUGCUUCCUGCAGCUUCCACUGGCGCUGACAAUACUCCAUCGUACUCCAACUAUCGCUUUAACUCUCCGUACAGCAAAGUCUAGAAGAAGCUGAGUCUCCUACAGCUUCACCAAUGAGGGAAAAAAAAGACAAAGAAGGAUAUAUUUUGGUAUUUUAUCUUAGUUUUGCUUUGGGUUUUCUGUAAAAAAAAUAAGGGUUGUUUUUUGUAAACACUUAUGUCAGAUUUCUGCAAUUAAAAAGUACUUAUUAAAUUGAA